AUGGCCACCUUCAAAGGCGAGAAGAUCCCAACUUGUUAUGCGUCCUGUUCGAUAGGACAUAAUGAGAAACACACGCUGCCAGAGAAAUUGAAAGCUAUUGCUGGUGCAGGUUUCGACGCUAUUGAGCUCUCCAUGCCGGAUAUUCUGGCCUAUGGUCAACAAAUCUCACAAAGCCAAUCAGAGAUAGAUCCCAACGAUUUCGCAACGAUACGAACCGUUGGGCAGAAAAUAAAGGAACUAUGCAAGGAGAAUGGUCUGAAAAUCUUGAUUCUGCAACCAUUUGCCAAUUUUGAAGGGUGGCCCAAAGGGAGCAGGGAGCGCAAGGAUGCCUGGGAGAGAGCCAGGGGAUGGAUGAGUAUCAUGGAAGCAACUGGAACAGACAUGAUGCAGAUUGGUUCAUCGGACGCCGAAGGUAUCAGUUCGAAUUUUGACGAACUCGCCUCGGACUUGGCCGAACUUGCCGAUGUCUUUGCAGAGAAAGGAUUCCGAAUUGCCUAUGAAAACUGGUGUUGGGCAACUCAUGCACCAACGUGGAAGAGUGUGUGGGAAAUUGUGAAGAUUGCGGACCGACCGAACCUUGGGCUGUGUCUUGAUACCUUUCAAAGCGCUGGUGGAGAAUGGGGUAGUCCGGUCACCAAAACAGGACUGAUCGAAGAUAUGGACAAGGAUGAGCUCGAGAGAAGAUGGAAAGCGAGUUGUGAAGAACUCUCACAGACGGUGCCCCCCGAGAAAAUCUUCUUCUUGCAGAUUUCAGACGCAUACAAGAUGGAACCGCCCCUGGAAAAUAAGCCCGACAAGAGUGGAUUGCGACCACGAGGUCGAUGGAGCCACGAUUACCGCCCGUUACCAUAUGACGGCGGGUACCUGCCCAUUGAAGACUUCACAAGGGCAGUCCUCAAGACUGGCUUCCGUGGCUGGUUUUCUAUCGAAGUGUUUGACGGUAGAGGGCCUGAUAAGUAUGGCGACAAUAUGCAACCCUACGCACAACAAGCCUUCAACUCUUUGCAGAGGUUACUCGAUGAAGUUGCGGCAAAGGACUGA